UGUGUAUCGCCAAAUUACACCUAUGAAAUUCUAUUCAAUAAACACUGUGUUUGGUAUUACUUAUUACGUGUAGUUUCACGAGCCGACAGGGUGACAGAUAUUAGUAGUGCAAUGAUUCGGGGACGUUUGCAGAGGCUAGUACUCUGUCUGCUCUUAGCAUCGGUGUGUAUUUGUACACAGGUACAUGCCCAAGAUCACGCACAAGCACAGCAGGAUGCAAACGUCGCUCAAGGUCAAGAUAGCAAUGCAAAUCCAGAGAAAGUCCAAGAGAAAGGGCAGACAGGGAUGGCGAGGAGAUUGAAGGAGAUUCAGGAGGCUAGGCAAAAGGCAUUGAAAGCCGAACGCAAACAGGCGGAAGUGCGGGCUGACGUUUCAGGAACGGACGAAAAGGAAAAGGAAAAAAAGGCAUAUCUCGAUGCCAGGAAAAUAGAGAUGCAAGUUGAGUAUCUCGAGGGUAUUAAAAAGAGGGAACAGGAGAUGGAAGCUGCGCAUAUAGAACAGGAGACGAGAAAUAAGGAGGUUAGAAUGGAGGAAGGAGAUAAAAACCAGGCAGACAAGACAAAGACACAGGACGACGUUCGCGUGCUUACACCGGAACAGAUCGCACUGGAACAGCUGCGAGAGAGUUUAAAGAUGAAGAUGAAGGGUGAUACGGACAAGAGGGAAGGUGCGGAUGGGAAUGUCGAUGCUGAAAGGGGUAGUGUUGUCGAUGGUACUACUGACAGAGACAGUGCCGGUUUGGAUACUAUUAUGAAGGGUACACCUACACGUGAGACCACAGACAGGGGCAGAGUGGAGGGUAAAGCUGGGGGUGAAGACGCCAGUGGUAACGAUAGAAGAAUGCAAGAUGAGCAACGUCGGCAACAACAGAAGGAAAACGCAAGGCUUCUACAGGAACAGAGUGAACAAGUGCGGCAAAAGAGUGGGAUCAAGCUGAGUGGCCGGGUGGUUGUAGAGAGAGACAGGGAUGCAGACAAGAAGACCCAAGAACAGCAACUGAAAGAACACCAACGAGCGAUGGAUAUGGCCAAAGGCGCACAGAUGCGGGCACAGGUAAAGGCCAGGGAGAUAGAAGCGGUACAAGCACGCAAGCUAGCACGUAUGGCGGCUCUUGCGGGGACUAGCACGGAGCACGAAAGCGACGUGCAUAUGCCCGAGGAGAUAGGCGAGAUGGAUGCCGAUGAGGAUCGUAUGGCUGCGGGUGAUGUGGGGGACCACUUGUUUGUCAAGGCACGACAGUAUUUUGAUGAGUAUGCGGACGAUGCUAAGGUGAUCUCCAUGAUGAAGGUGGCCUCGAAGUACGGAUCAGAUGCGGCGACCGAGUUCCUCGCACGGCAACACGUGUUCGGUUUGUUGAACGCGCCCUCUCAAGGGUACUUGCCUGAGCCGGAUGUAGCUUCCGCAUUGCCUUUACUGACAACUCUGGUGGAAGAGAAAGGCUACCCUGAGGCACAGAGUUUGGCAGGGUUCCUGUAUGGCUCUGGGGUCGGAGUGGACAUCGACAUUGCGAAGAGUAUUGUGUAUAUGAGGUUCGCCGCCGAGACAGGUGAGAGCUAUGCUAGUGCCGCUCUGGGCUAUCGAUAUUUUCGGGGCAGGAAUGUACCUCAGGACUGUGCCAAGGCCAUGGAGUUGUAUCUCGUGGCUGCUACCGCAGUCGCAGAAGAUCUGAAGAGUGGCAUGACUAAAGCCGCUGAGAUGAUUCGACUAGCGCAAGAUGAGGAUCAGAGAAACCAGAACGGGAUGUCUCAGUGGGACAUACUCCAGUACUACCAAUACAUGGCUCAGCGAGGCGACAUCCAGUCCGCACUGAUAAUGGGUCAGGUACUAUUACAAGGGGCGCAUGGGAUGGAUCAGGAUCCCGGAGCUGCGGCGGACUACUUUAAUGCGGCUGCCGAGGCAGGCAAUGCAGAGGCAAAGGCAUUUCUAGCGUCUAUGCACCACAGUGGUGUGGGCGUAGAAAGCAGCAAUCUAACAGCCUUUAAACUCUACAAAGAGGCAGCGGAAGAGGGUAAUGCUCAGGGGCAAAAUGGGUUGGGUCAGAUGUACAUGCUAGGCAUUGUGGUACCUCAAAACUACGAAAUGGCUCUCAAGUACUUCACCUUGGCGGCCGCGCAAGGCAAUGCCGAAGCCUUGUAUAACGCUGCAACGAUGUACUACAGUGGCCUGGGCACAAAGGUGGAUUACAAGAAGGCGUUCGACAACUUCUCCUCCAGCGCCAGAAAUGGCUAUACCCUAGCGCUGUAUCACCUUGGAAUCAUGCAUAACCUGGGCUUUGGAACAAGCAAAUCCUGUGAUCACGCCGUGACGUAUUUCAAGAAUAUCUACGACCGCGCAGGGCAUGCGCACUUACUUGCGGAAGCUUAUGCGGCAUUCAAGGAUGGCGACACGUCGCGCUCCCUCAUGAUCUACAUGUACAUCGCCGAAACCGGUAGUGAACUUGCCCAAGCCAAUGCUGCGUAUAUACUGGACUUACUGGCCACCAGACACGGUCAACUAACCCUGCACUCGCAUCCGAAGUGGAUAUCCACGGAAAGCGUAGAAGCGUAUGCGCUACUGCAGUGGAUUAAGGCGGCGGAACAGCGGAGUUCGGAGGCGAUUCUGAAGAAAGGUGAUCACUACUAUUUUGGCUGGGGGGUCAAUGCCAGUCAUACAACUGCAGUGGAAUGUUACCGAACAGCCGGCACUAUGCACAACGCUCAGGCUCUCUUCAACAUCGGAUACAUGACUGAACGUGGAGAAGGUGUCAGCCAAGACUUUGCGCUGGCUAAACGCUACUACGACCAGUCGAAGGAGGUCAGUCAAGACGCCCGCGUGCCGGUGUACAUCGCGCUCGCGGGACUCCGAGCGAGAAAACUCUAUACGGAUUUUGUCCAGUUUGUGAAAGAGGACAACCUGUUUAAAAUUAACUUGAACAACGUUGAGAUUAACUUCGAAAACGGCGUAUUGCAUGGGAUCAAUGAAUUCUAUCAAGAGGUACAUCCUGCUACGGUUUGGGGACCAGACUGGGAGUACCACGUGAUAUUUAUACUGUUUAUAGUGUUGAUCACUUUGAUUCACUUUCGGAGGAUGUUCUACAGUAUAGAAGCGUUUGAAACGGAGCAGGCGCGCCUUGCUGCUGCACAGGCCCACGGAUAGGAAGUGUGAUAAGUAAGUGGUAUUUUAGAUUUCACGGCAAACAUAUGUAUACAUUGAGCAUGUGGCAUGAUGUUUGCCGUGAAAGUCGUACAGAGCGAGUUGGGGAGAGGAAUCAGCACUCGCAAAAGGCUACAUUCAGUUUUUGGCGGCGUGCCUACUUGCUUGCGAAAGGUAUAUGCCGCACGUGAUAGAAAUAGAAAAGGAAUCGACCGUCAGUAGAGGAAUAUGUCUGGUACUUCUUGACGUCCCAGUGUACGUCCUGGCUGUGCAGGUAGUAGAGAAAUGAAAUUCAGCCAUCGCAGAGGUAUUUUUUCAGUAUACUGAUAGUGUUCCUAUACCUAUACCUAUACCUAUACAAUCUGGGACACCAUAUGGCAUGCCAAUUUACUUUCGGAAAGUAUUAUUCAGACCUCUGAAAAGUUAUUUGAAGAGUGCAGAAAGGUUCGCCAUGACCUGCCGAUAUACAUUCACUCGUACCGACGAGGGAAGAGCCAUGCGCGUGUCCACUAGCGCAGCACCACGUUGCUUCGAAGCCAGUGCACAAGUAGUUGUGGACAGAUGGUCACCCGAUUCGCGAAUCUCGGCUUACGCGUUAUGUUAGCGUCUUAGUGAACUGUCAAGCCUAUAUGCAAGUGCCAUGCCUAUACUCAGAGAGAAGACGAUCAGGUUAGAUACUAAUAUAUUUAUCGCCAGCUCUCCUCAGCGGACCAUAUUGGGUGUAUCGAUUGUCCGCGAAUUUGAAUCCGAUUACGACGUAUGCGCCACUAAACUCGCUGCGUAGAAACAAUAUGUUUACUGAAUCAUGGACCAAGCGCAUGCAAUGGCAGUCCUCAAAAGGCCUGACAUAUCACGUAUCUGAGAUGUAGGUAUAUUAGUAACACGACUUGGUCGAAGUUCUAACCAGAAGGUAAAACAUGAGAACGCAUGGUACUUGCGAUCGAUGAGCUUAGCACGUAAACUUGCGAUCACUGAAAUUAGCCUCGCUAGAGUGCGCAAUGCAUGCAGCUAUAGCUCAAUUGACAGCACCAAUCUCGGCGUAGGCUUUCUCGAAGCUGAAACUUUGGGACUCGUCUCAACUAUAACAAGAGGAUGAAUCGCUGGGCAGCAUGCGUGCACAAAGCAAUCAUAUGCAGCACACGAGUGCAUGAGAUGAGGUUUAUGUGCCAAGUGGAAUGGGCGUAGCACAGCUCAGAGCAGUACAUUACAGUACAAAACUACGUAACACAAUAGAACACAUUGCAAUACAUCACAUCACAACAUACAAAACAAACAUAGCUUGACAAACGAGUCAGCAUGCACAAAAACACGAGUCUGACAUAAAGCUAUGUCUGUAGAUUGGUGGAGGGUUCACACACGAACACUAUGCCGAGCAGUUGUGCAUUGCGUAAAAGAACUAAUCAUAUUCGCUGGUAGGUAUAUAUAGCAUGCGUUCAAAAUAUAUACUAUUUCACAGACGCUCCCUCGACAAUACCAACGCAACGUACAUACUGUGGUUGGACGUAGAAGUACCGCAAGUGCAAAAGGAUUCAUUUGUAGAGAUUUAUAUAAAUUUAUAGCCGGGAGGACAGGGCAAUGUAUUUCCCUCUGGUCCGCACAUGAUUUUGCGCUCUUUUCCAGGCUCAACUACACGCACGUGCUAGAUAGGAUAUUUACUAUAGAGGGAGGUAGAUCGUAGUGCCACCUCAGUCAGUUCUAGUACUGGGUUUGUAAGUGAUGGCUAGUUAGUCAACCGCCAGCCGCGCCCGAAAAGAAGAAUCACCACUCAGGUCAAAUAGUAUAUUCAUAGCUUUGUACGAAUAAAUUAUCAUCAAAC